UGUGUGCCUGUGUUUUUUCUCUCUGUUAAGGUUGAGUCCAUUUGAAGAACAAAGCUGGACUAUUGGCAUUGCAGCCUUGAUGUAGAAUUGAUUUGGAUUUAGUCUACUGCAUGCUAAAGGAAAGCGGCAAGCUGUCAGAGUUCUCUGUUUUUCCCUCACCCCUGCACCACCCCCUAUCCCACACCCCCAAACCAUACUCCCACAAGGUUGCUGCACUUAAGAGGGAGAGGAAUGUAGCCCUUUGGAAUCAGGAACUGACGACAGCAAUUCCCACCAGAGGCGCAACUAACCGGAAAGACCUGGCAGCAGUGAGCAGCCGGGGCCUGCCUAUGUCUCCAAAGCGAUUAGCCAUGACAACCAGGUCUCCAAUGGCGAUGAAAGCUCUUCUUAUCUCUAUCCUGCCAGGACUGGUCUGUUCACUACCGCUUGUAGAAGGUACAGGCAGCACUGAGUGUGUUUGUGAUGGUGAUAAUUGCAUGGGAGACCGAUGCUUUGGGAAGUUGUGCUUUCAGACACACACUGUCAAUAAUGGACAACUGGUCCAUGAGGAGAAAGGCUGCUUAAAUGAUGAGAAUUGCAUCCAACAACCAGAAAAUAAGACAACAGAAUGCUGCAGCAGUUCCCUUUGCAAUGCUGUUUCCAUGCCAGUACCCAUUGCAGUUAAGCGGGAGAAGAAGCUUGGGGAGUUUGAUUGUGUUUGUGAGAGUGGAUAUUGUAACACGAAGACCUGUAUCGGUUUCCAGUGUUUUGUCUCCAUGGACAGCAAGAGCCCUGGUGGGCUCAGGAAGGGCUGUCACCCAUACAAAGAAGUGCCCUGUAACCACUCGGCAGAGGGUUUCAAAAUGGUGUGUUGCAAAGGAGACUUCUGUAACAGCAAUCUUACCGUGAGUCUAGACCCUAACAAUGCCAGCACCGUGGUCAUAAUGGUAGUCCCAAUUGUGGUGGUUAGUGUCCUGGUGAUCCUCCUGCUGCUCUACCUGAAGUUCUGCAGAUACCAAAUAGUCCCAUUUCUCAGUAAGAGUGAAGAGCACAGUAAGGCGGAGAUGCUGAGAGUAACUGAGCUUGGAGACAACACUCUCACUGACCUGUUUGAUCACUCCUGCACCUCCGGUAGUGGAUCUGGACUCCCUUUCCUUGUCCAGAGGACAGUAGCACGGCAAAUUACACUGGUAGAGUGCGUAGGAAAAGGACGCUAUGGGGAAGUGUGGAGAGGCAUGUGGCAAGGGGAAAAUGUGGCUGUCAAGAUUUUCUGUUCAAGAGAUGAGCAGUCCUGGUUUCGAGAGACGGAGAUCUACAACACAGUCUUACUGAGGCAUGAUAACAUCCUAGGCUUCAUCGCCUCAGACAUGACGUCGCGAAACUCAAGCACCCAGCUCUGGCUCAUAACGCGCUACCAUGAGAACGGGUCACUGUACGACUAUCUGCAGUGUAACACAGUAGACACCGAGGGCUGUCUGAAACUCGCACUGUCCAUCAUCAGCGGCCUUGUUCACUUACACGCAGAAAUCAUCGGCACACCAGGCAAAGCAGCCAUCGCUCAUCGGGAUCUGAAAAGCCGAAAUAUUCUCGUCAAGAAAAACAAGCAGUGCUGCAUAGCAGACUUAGGUUUGGCUGUCAUACACUCCCAGAACAACGACUUCCUGGACAUUGGCAACAACCCCAAAGUUGGGACCAAGCGUUACAUGGCCCCGGAGGUACUGGAUGAGACAAUCCGCACCAACAGCUUUGAGUCAUACAAGUCGACCGACAUCUGGGCAUUCGGUCUUGUGCUGUGGGAGAUUGCAAGGAGAACAUCUAUAAGUGGAAUCACAGAAGAGUACAAACCUCCAUUUUACGAUGUGGUUCCCACUGACCCCAGCUUUGAGGACAUGAGGAAAGUUGUCUGCACUGAUCAUCAGAGACCCAACAUUCCCAACAGAUGGCUCUCCGAUCCGAUUCUGUUCUCUGUUGCCAAACUGAUGAAGGAAUCCUGGUACCAGAACCCAGCUGCCAGGCUGACUGCUCUCCGUAUCAAAAAGACCCUGGGUGCUCUCGCCAACUCAGACAACUUGUUACACAAACUCAAACCAGACUGCUAGCUCUUCUAAGCUCAACCCUCAAAAGAAAAAGCAGUUCUUAAAUCUUCUCAGACGGCACCUGCCAGUUAAUCCACCACGACCCUGUCUAAUGUCCUUUUUAACUUGCAAUAUAAACACUCUCAGGCAUCUACUCUGCAGUGCUGGCUUUAACUGUGUGUGGGUUCUGAUUAGAAUUGACCUCAACUAGAUCUGUGAACUGAACAGUAUGUCAGGAUAAAGAAAGUUUUUGGGACUUGCUUUGCGUCAUUUCAUCACGGGAAAUGUCGAGUGAAGCUGUACAUUUGCCCGUGAGGCUGUUGGGACUGGGUAACUGAUGGCCCUGCUUCCGUGCCCUUUAGGAACCAUCUGAGAGCAGUUCGCGUGCAGUGAGGUUGGUUGAAUGUCGUCCCUGCUGCUGUGUUGGAAUGGUGCACUGCACAGCGAGAUCCCAGGAUCCAAUAAACCAAGAGCUCCAAUCAUAUUUGAGCGGAGUAUUACGGGCUUCACCUUACGCUGACAGCUUGGGGCACUUAAACGUUCAGGACACACACAGGAGUUUUACGGAGCGAUCGUGCACAACAUGAGCAGCGAUGUGGACUGAACAAGUGUUCCAAAGACUUCACAGUGAUGUUAUUUACCUGUUGGAACUUGUACCAUUGUCACCUGCAUUGCUUUGAAGGUCUGUGUCUGUGUGGCUCCAUCAAGAUGAAUAGCACCAAAACAAAUCAGCGCCUUUCGAUUCAUUCAUUCACUUUGCUUCCAUUCAGCCCCGCCUGACAUGAGAAUGGGACCAAAGGACACCAUCAGAUU